AUGCGCUGUCCCGCCGUCCAGGCCUGCUCGCACCGCCGGCACGGCUGCCUGGCCCCGUGCCCCCUUAUAUUUCCCCGCCACCGGCCCAUCGGCAGCUCGCCCGGCCUCUCCGCAGCUCGCCCGGCCUCUCCGCAGCCGGUGCGCACCGCGCUCGCCCGGGGAAUGCGCGCUCCGUCGCCGCUGCCGGAUCGGGCCCCUCAGCUCCGGGAUUUUCAAACCCAGCCGGGCCUGGCUGAGCCGGGUCAUACGAGCACUCCGAAUCUGCGGUGGCGAUGGACUAGGCGGCUCCACAGAGUCACCACGCUGCCGUGCAGGCGGGUGAAGCUCCGAGCGAGCCUGCAGAGACCCCUGUGCACUGUGACUCUCCCGGCACCGGGGCUGCGCCAAAUACCGGCCGAGCACCCCGGUGCGGUUCGGGGAAGUGUGCCGCGACCCUGCGGCGGCUGCCUGCGGUUCCAGAACCCCUUCAAGGGCUCAGCGCCGCCGAGACAUGGGGAGCGGGCUCAUCGAAAGAGGAGCGGGGGGUCCCGGGGGAGAUCUUUCGUUGUGAUUAAAAUCCUGCCGCCCCGCAGGGAUCGGAUCUGCAUCGAGGCGAUACCGCAGGGAGCCGGGCUUACAAGGCGGGCAGCAGCGCCCGGUGAAGGAUGGCCCUUUCCCAGGGGCUCGGCCCUGAUUUAUGUGAGAACCGCAGCGCGCCGGGGACGCCCUCGCACGGCAGAGACGGCGACGAGCCACGGGGAGGCGGCGGGUCCCGGGGCACCCACGCGCGACAGAGCUGACGGAGGCGACGUGCCCGGCCUGGCCUCGCACGCCACGGACACCUGCCGGUGCUCUGCUCGCUCCCGGGCCGCGCUCUCCCCGCACGGUGAGCGGCGGGCUCGUCCUGGAUGUCUCCGGGCUCCGCUGCCCGGUGUGCCCGCAUUGGUGCAUCCCCCGGGUUAAGGUACGGGUUUUACUCCAGCCGCGCCGCCUGCCCAGGAGUAACUGCUUUUCACAGCUUUUUGAAGG